CGUGUAGAAUGUUUCAUUAGACGUUUGCAAGCACACGGGAUUCAGAAUAACAACAACCGGAUUGGUCCACUAACGGAUUUUAGGCAAAACGCCGCAUUCACAUUUACGUUUGCUCGGAGAAAACUACGCCCAAAUUACGCUCUUCGUUUAAUUCCUUAACAUUUUUGUUGUCCUCUUCCAGGCCUCCCACGUGGGAUGGAGGUUGCACACUAGAACUCAAACUAACAAACAAGAAGAGAGGUUCCGUAGAGACCAACGACCAUGGCCUACUCCAGCUACAGCAGCCUGAGCAGAGCUCAGCUCACGUUCGAGUACCUGCACACUAAUUCGACAACUCACGAGUUCUUAUUUGGAGCUUUGGCUGAGCUUGUGGACAAUUCAAGAGAUGCAAAUGCCACACGGAUAGACAUCUACACCGAAAAAAACCCAGAACUGCGUGGUGGUUUUAUGCUCUGUUUUCUGGAUGAUGGGAUUGGAAUGGACCCUAAUGAGGCAACCCAUGUGAUUCAGUUUGGAAAAUCAAGCAAACGUUCUCCUGAAUCCACUCAGAUUGGCCAGUAUGGAAAUGGACUGAAAUCGGGUUCAAUGCGAAUUGGAAAAGACUUUAUCUUGUUCACAAAAAAGGAUAAUGCGCUGACCUGCCUUUUCCUUUCAAGAACUUUCCAUGAGGAAGAAGGUCUUGAUGAGGUGAUCGUGCCUCUCCCCUCAUGGGAUCUGAAAACCAAGGAACCACUAACCUCCGAUCCAGAGAAGUAUGCCAUUGAGACAGAACUCAUCUUUAAAUACUCUCCUUUCAAGAAUGAGCAGCAGCUAAUGCAGCAGUUCAACAAAAUUGAAAGCAGCAGUGGUACUCUUGUGAUCGUUUAUAACCUAAAGCUGAUGGACAGUGGAGAGCCAGAGCUGGAUAUAGAUACAGAUCACCAGGACAUAUUGAUGGCUGGGACACCUGCUGAGGGAGUGAAACCAGAGAGGAGGUCUUUUAGGGCGUAUACUGCAGUUCUGUAUAUUGACCCUCGCAUGAGAAUUUUUAUCCAGGGACAUAAAGUCAGGACAAAGAGACUCUCAUGCUGUCUCUAUAAACCAAGGCUUUAUAAAUACACAUCAACUCGUUUUAAAACGCGUGCUGAGCAAGAAGUUAAAAAAGCAGAUCACUUGGCAAAGAUCGCGGAAGAGAAAGCCAGAGAGGCGGAGAGCAAACGCAUCGCUAUGGAGGCCAGACUAGGAGAAGACAUCUCUAAAGAUUCAAGAGCAAUCCUAAGAAAAGUUCAAGAUUCAGCCAUGAUGCUCCGACGGGAAGCUGACAUGAGAAAAAGGAAUCUUGAAGCCAAGCAGAAAGCACUGAAAGAACCAAAGGAUUUGAAUUUUAUAUUUGGACUAAACAUUGAGCAGAGAGACCUCGAUGGGAUGUUUGUGUACAACUGUUCUCGUCUCAUAAAAAUGUAUGAGAAGACGGGGCCCCAACUGGAGGGGGGCAUGGCUUGUGGUGGUGUGGUUGGAGUCGUAGACGUCCCGUAUCUGGUCCUGGAGCCUACUCACAACAAGCAAGAUUUUGCAGACGCAAAGGAAUAUCGCCACCUAUUGAAAUCCAUGGGGGAGCAUUUGGCCCAGUACUGGAAGGAUACCAACAUUGCACAAAAAGGAAUCGUGAAGUUCUGGGAUGAAUUUGGAUAUCUCUCCGCCAGCUGGUCUGCGCCUCCAUCCUCAGAGCUGAGAUACAAGCGGCGUCGUGCGAUGGAGAUUCCCAUCACCAUUCAGUGUGAUAAAUGUCUGAAGUGGAGAACAUUGCCUUUUCAAAUGGAUGCCGUGGAUAAACGCUACCCUGACAGCUGGGUGUGUCUCAUGAACCCUGACAGCUCCCAAGACAGGUGUGAUGCUCCAGAACAGAAACAGAACUUGCCCUGUGGAAUUUUAAAGAAAGACAAAAUAACAGCUGAAGACAAACGGAAAGAGCUGGAAGAGAAAAUCAAACUGCAACAGGAGAAACUUGAAGCCUUACAGAAAACUAGCACAAUCAAAUCAGCAGCAGACAUCAAAAAACUUCCACUGGAGGUCAGCAUGAAACCAACGGAGAGUUCUUCUCAGUCAACUCGGUCCUCUGAAAGAUCUGUAACUCGUCCACGAUCCCCACCACUCCCAUCCGUCCUCAAAAAUGCCCAGAGUACUCCUCCAACACGUACCGUCUCUCAGCGCCCCACCCGAUCCCCUGCUCCGCCAGCUGCUUCAACUAAAGUGGAACCAUCCAGAUCCAGAGCUGCAGCUAAGCCUCCUCCACCUGCAGCAAAGCCUGUACCCAAAGCCGCUGCUAAACCACCUCCCAGCCGCAACUUACGGGCCUCUACCAAAGCUUCUACUGUUAAACCAGCAACAGAUGGAAAGCGCAAGAGAGUAAUUGAGCGGGAAGAUAGUGAGGAGGAGGAAGAAGAAGAAGAAGAGGAGGAGGAGGAAGAAGAAGAAGAAGAAGAGGAGGAGGAGGAGGAUAGUGAUGAGGAAAGUGAAGAAGUACAGACCAAGAAAUCCAAGAUGUCCACCGCUAUCGGUAAUCGUGGUAAAGUUGUAGAGAAGGCCCCUCCUCCUCCUAAGCGGGGAAAAAUGGAUGAGGUUAAAACGCUCUCUCAGGCUGAGAAGAAAGGGGUUUCCACCCCAGCACGUCAGCAAGCAACCACACCAAGCUCUGUGCUUAAAUCCAUUUCUUCCCUACAGCAAGGCACUAAAGAAAAGGCACCUGAAAAAGCGCAGCAGAAGGAACCAGAGAAUGACACAAAAAAUGCCCAGAAAGAUAAAGGUCUGCUGGUGGAAGUGCGCGUUAAUAAUGAGUGGUUUACGGGAAAGGUCAUCGCUGUGGAGGUGAACAAACAGGGCGUUCGCUGGAAAGUUAAAUUUGAUUACGUACCGCGAGCCACCCCUAAAGACAGAUGGGUUUUUAAGGGUAGCGAUGAAGUCCGACUGAUGAGGCCGCCAUCUCCGAUCUCUCAGACGCCUGACACCCAACAGGAGACUGAGAAAGGUCCAGCACCCAUGGAGCCAGACACCACCCAGCCUGGAACCAGUCGAGAGGUGACCGACAGCCUGGUCACUAUGCUGAGGACAAUGCUGCGCUACUUCUUCCCUCCAGCUUUUCGUAUUCCAAAGGAUGAUGUCAGUAGCAUGACGGCUGAGGAGCUGGUGGCCUUUCCAUUGAAAGAGUAUUUCCAGCAGUAUGAAUCGGGUCUCCAGUCGCUGUGCAACUCUUACCAAAGCAGAGCUGAUGCCAGAGCAAAAGCCGUGGAGGAGAAGAGCAAAGGCACAGAUCUCAAACUGAAGGAGGCAGACGAGAAACUACAGAAACUACGGACUAACAUCGUUGCACUUCUGCAAAAAGUACAAGAGGAUAUCGACAUAAAUACAGAUGAUGAACUCGAUGCCUACAUAGAAGACCUCCUAACUAAGGGCGAUUAGGAGACAAAGAAUUGUAAGAGAAGAGCAAAUGGACAAAAAAACGCCUCGUUUCAAACCAGCUAUCUCUCUUGCAAAAGCAUUCUUCAAGAAACCACGGUUACCAUCUGUGAACAUUUCUAGAUGUUUUAAUUUCUCGUUUGCUUUAUUAUUUUGAUUUCUAUACUGAUGGUUAACAUCUUUUCCUGUGGUAUUUCUUUUAGUCCUUUUUAUAUAUCCACAUGUAGAGUGAAUGUUUUCAAUCUUUAAAACAGAAGCUAUAAAAACAGGUUUCACUGAUGCUCAUUUAUGUAGUUCACACCUUUGUUCUGAUCCUGUUGAGUGCAGCCAUUUAUCAAGCAUUUCACAGUAACAUUAUGUAACACAUCAAGCAAACAGUGUUGUCCAUAAUUUUCUUCCUGUCUGGUUAACAAACCAAGGUCUAUUUUUUAACAUCUGUAAGAUGCUGCAUCCGCACACCAGGACUAUUUACUGGGUUUUAUCAGUAUCAAUAUCUCCUUAAAGUACUCUACUAAGUUGUGAAUGAUGAGUGUAUUUUUGAAAAGAGAAAAAAAAAAACUUUGUUUUGUGUAAGUGUGUUCAUAAUUUAGUGCUCUUGUCUUUCCUUUUGCAGAUUUUUAACAUGUCAUCGAAAAUGUUUUUUUUUUUUAAACACUGCAUGCUUUCAGUCUUGAUUGGUCAGAAAGAAGAUGCUGUAUUUUUGACAGAUCUUUACUUCAAAAUAAUAAAACCAGUUCCUCAACACUUUA